CCCAAGAGUUGUCGGUGGGUGGUAUUGGCUAGCUGCCUUCCCGCUUAUCCAUCUCUUUCAAAUUAGCAACGGUUAUCGCAAAUAGCUUUGCCUGAAAUUUAAUAAUAAGAAGAAUAAAAAAAACCCUUCUGAAUGUCCUAUGGUCUGGACUAAAGAGGUCGCUAAUGUACUCAAAGUUUAAACUUUAUAGUUUCGUUUGUGUAAUUACUCUAAGUAUGGCGUUAGAAGGCGGUGAUACGAUUUUUGGAAAGAUCAUACGUGGAGAGAUACCAGCUGAUUUUGCUUAUCAAGACGACAAGUGUGUGGCUUUCCAUGACAUCAAUCCACAGGCUCCUGUUCACUUUCUUGUUGUUCCAAAGAAGCCCAUUCCACAACUUUCCAAGGCUGAAGACUCUGAUGAAGAGCUACUAGGACAUUUGCUGUUUAUUGCCCAGAAAGUGGCCAAGGACCUCGGACUUAAUAAUGGAUAUCGUGUAGUGAUUAAUGAUGGCCUACAUGGAGGACAAGAAGUCUUUCAUCUCCAUGUGCAUGUUCUGGGAGGUCGACAGAUGAUUUGGCCCCCUGGCUAAGAACCACUAACUGUGUCAGAGAAAGUAAUGUUGCUGCUGUAAUAACCAUAGUUAAGUGUGUAGUUAUUUGUAAUUUCAACAGAUAUCAUACUUCAAAGUUCCUUUCUUCACUUGCACAACAUUAGAUGCUGUACAAAUUGGAACUUAAGUUAUGCUACUUUCACAUAUUACUUUAUAGGAGUGUCUCGUUAAAACACUAGUGUUAUAGAGUUACUUAGCAACUGCUCAAAAGAAGAGGCAAGUUGUGAACAACUUAAUGUUCUAAAAUUACAAUGUAUUCUUACAAAAUAUAUCUUGUAUCAGUUUUCUCUUUCUUAAGUCACACUUAAUACAUUUUCUUGUUCCAGACUAACUGCAAUAUUCUUCAGCAACUGUUCAAAUUUUAAUAAAAAAUAGCAUAGACUUA